AUGGACCGGUUACAGUUGCGCGACUACACCGUCGCGUGGAUAUGCGCUCUAUCCACCGAGCUCAGUGCUGCAAGAGCCAUGCUAGAUGAAGAGCAUGCAGGAACGUCAAUCCCAGCUCAGGAUGACAACGCGUAUAUCUACGGGCGGGUAGGCUCCCAUAAUGUUGUCCUUGCUUGUUUACCAAAGGGAGUACCCGGCACAACUUCCGCGGCAAACGUCGCCAAGGACAUUGCUCGAACGUUCCCUUCUAUCAGCUUAAGCUUCAUGAUUGGUAUUGGUGGAGGAGUGCCGGACGAGCAGAAUGACAUCCACCUAGGUGAUGUCGUCGUCAGUGUCCCCAGCGAUGGAUAUGGAGGAGUAGUGCAAUAUGACUUUGGGAAGACGAUCAAAGAGGGCAAGUUUUGCACGACUGGUACUGUCAACAAGCCAGCUCCGAAAUUACUCGGCGCUGUGCAACGCCUUCAAUCAACUCAUGAUCUUCAAGGAAACAAAAUAUCUCAUUAUAUCAAUGAGGCGGCAAGGAAAUACCCGCACAAAAUUCCAGACUUCUCUCCCCCUGGCGCAGAGUUUGACCGUUUGUUUGAAUCUGAAUAUGAACAUGUCACCCUCGGCCAGACAUGUAGUGAAUGUGGCUGUGAUUUGAGCAAGGUAAAAAGGAGACCAGCCCGAUUCCAUCGUCAACCUAAAGUAUUCUACGGAAAUAUUGCUUCUGGUAACCAAGUCAUCAAACACGGCCGCACUCGCGAUCGCCUCGCGCACGAGCACAGCAUUAUUUGCUUCGAGAUGGAGGCGGCCGGGUUGAUGAAUACAUUUGCCUGUCUCGUCAUCCGAGGAAUUUCAGAUUAUGCUGAUUCGCAUAAGAAUGAUGGUUGGCACGGAUACGCAGCAGUAGCUGCAGCUGCUUAUGCCAAAGAGUUGCUUCUGACAAUCCCGGCACAGCGUAUCGAGAAGCAGGCACUCAAUAAAAUCCGACAACCCCCAUCUGUUCGGGGCGAUGCUACCAUGAGCCUGUUGAUCGAGACCUGUCUAUUGGAGACUCUACGGUUUGAGUUGAUGGACGAACGGUAUUCCAGAAUCUCCAAAGCACAUCAAAGCCUAAUUGAUGCCCACAAGAGUACUUUUGAUUGGAUCUUCACAAAGCCUGGUCCAGGUUUUGUAGAUUGGAUGAGCACAUAUGGGGGAAUUUACUGGAUAAAUGGCAAGGCGGGAUCAGGAAAAUCGACCUUGAUGAAGUACAUCCUUGAGAGUCGUGUGCUGCGGAGGACCUUGUCUGCCAGUGAUAGUUCUUGUCAAUGGGCCAUAGCCGGGUUCUUCUUUUGGUCGGGAGGGUCACAAAAUCAGAGAUCACAGGCUGGCCUCCUUCGGACGAUUCUUUAUCAGCUCCUCAAGGAGUGCAAGGAUCUUGUCAAUCUCGUCUUCGUGGAGGAACGAGAAUUGAUUCGUUCGACUCUAAAUGAAGUGAUCAUGCAGGAUGCAAUCGAGAGGGAGAGAAGUCCAGAGAAAUCGAGAUCACCUCCGACUCCUACUCGCAAGUUUAUCGCCGACACUCUUCGCCGAGUGACCUUAGACUGGGAUGUUUCUCGUCUUCUCCGUGCUUUGGGAACUGUCCUCUCCCAGAAAGAGCUCCCAGUCAAAUUCUUCCUAAUGAUCGACGGCCUCGAUGAAUAUGAAGCAACGGAAGACGAAUUAGAGCAAUUGAUCGAAGUUUUGAAGAGCAGCACCAAUCCUAAAGUCAAGAUAUGCGUCUCAUCUCGGCCCUGGACCAUUUUUGAAAGACAUUUUGGCAAUAGUCGCUACCCGACGUUACUACUCCAGAACCUCACCUACAGCGAUAUCCAACUAUUCGUCUUCGAUUCUUUCAACCGAUCAGACAUAUUUCAGAGUUUCCUCCAAGCCCAUCCAACACGCAUGCAUGACUUUGGUCUUGGUAUCGUGCGCAAAUCAGACGGCGUGUUCCUCUGGGUUCGUCUCGUGGUCAAAGCUAUCAUCCGAGGCACUCAAAACGGCGAUCAACUUUCAGAUCUCCAAGCUCAUCUCGAUGAACUUCCUGCAGACCUUGAACGUCUAUACCGACACAUGUUGCUUCGAGUUCCACAGAGAUACCGAAUUCGCUCUGCCCGGAUCUUCGCUAUAGUCCACGCAUCUACCGAACCGCCAUUAGCCCUCACACUCUGGCAUUCCGGUGAAGUAGUCACCAACCCAAUGGAAAAACUCACCGAUAACAUCAAACUCGCCCGUUGUUACCAAGUGCAUCUACGACUCAUGAGUCAAUGUGCGGGGCUUUUAGAAAUCCGUAUCGCUGGCAUUGAUCAGGCUCAACACGAACAAGAUGAUCCAGAUCUCAUGCGACCAGAAGGGUCCUGGUCCUUUUCAAACAAGCAGAUCUACUCGCUGCACUCCCGAGUACACUACAUGCAUCGAACAACGAGGGACUUUCUUCAGACUAGCGAGAUUAAAUCCCUCUUUCAAGAGUGGUUAGGAGAAGGGAAUGGAUUUGACGCACAUCAGUGGCUCGCUGCUCGUACGCUCGUAGAUCUCCUACGCGUUCAAAUCCGGAUUCGAGGGAGCGGGACGGAAGAUGCUGAUGAUAUUUAUGAGUUUUAUGGGUUCGAACUCGAUUCCGUGAAUCGGCAGUUGGUAUAUCAUGCUGAGAAAGUUGCGAAUCGUAAUGUACGCAACCGGAUUUCCAAGCUACGGUCCAGUAUCAGUGAUUCACCCAAGCGGGGAUCAGUUGAUCUGAAACAUGUAGCUACGGAUCUGCAACUUCUUCUGGAGAAUUCCGAGACAGGAAGUAUGUCUUCAAAUUGUCUGGUUAUGUGA